CUUGCCGACACCAGCCAACAUGUCCCAGCUACACCAGUCGCACCUGCCAGCCUUUGGUACAUACCCCUCCAAACCUGUCCUAUCCAUGCACCCGUCUAACUGUUUCUUAAAUGUUGGGAUAGUCCCAGACUCAACUGCAUCCUCUGGCAGCUUGUUCCUUAUACCCACCACCCUUUGUGUGAAAAAGUUGCCCAUCAGAUUCCUAUUAAAUCUUUUCCCCUUCACCUUAAACAUAUGUCCUCUGGUCUUCGAUUCACCUACUCUGGGCAAGAGACUCUGUGCAUUUACUAGAUCUAUUCCUCUCAUAAUAUUAUACACCGCUAUAAGAUCACCCUUCAUCCACCUGUGCACCAAGGAAUUAAGUCCCCGCCUACUCAAUCUCUGCCUGUAGCUCGGCCCUCUAGCCCUGGCAACAUCCUUGUAAAUCUCCUCUGUACCCUUGCCAGCUUGACAACAUCUUUCUUAUAAUGCGGUGCCCAGAACUGAACUAAAUGUGGCCUCACCAACGUCUUAUACAAUUGCAACGUGAGUUCCCAACUUCUACACUUCUACGAUGGAGUUGUCUUCCUCAUCUUGGUUAUCAGGUGACUUUAGUCAUCGAGAGGGCAGACAUCAUCCUGGGGAAAUCUUUUUCCCAGGAUGGAAAGGCCAAAGACUAGAGGGCAUAACUUUAAGGUGAGAGAGGCAAAGUUGGAAGGAGAUGUGCGGGUCAACUUUUUUUGCACAGAUUAUGGUGAUGACCUGGAAUGUGCUGCUACUGUUGGUGGUGGGGGCAGAUGCUAUAGUGUCAUUUAAGAGACUUUUGGAUAUGAAUAUGGUUAUGCAGAGAAUGGAGAAAUAUGGAUUAUGCACUGGUAGAUAAGAGAUGGUCUUGGCAUCAUGAUCGGCAAAGACAUUGUGGGCCAAAAGGCCUGAUCUUGUGUUUGUUUUACGUGUUUUUUGUUCUAUGUUAAUUAAUAAGGAGAAUUGUCCAAUUAUUAAUCCCAUGACUUAGACUUAGACUUAGACUUAGAUUCCUUUAUUGUCAUUCAGACCUUUCGGUCUGAACGAAAUUUCGUUGCCUGCAGUCAUACACAAUAAUAAUAAAUACCAAAACAUACAAUAAACACAAAUUAACAUCCACCACAGUGAGUUCACCAAGCACCUCCUCACUGUGAUGGAGGCAAAAGUCUAAGAGAGACUUAGAUAGAGCUCUAGGGGCUAGUGGAGUCAAGGGAUAUGGGGAGAAGACAGGCACGGGUUAUUGAUUGGGGACGAUCAGCAUGAUCACAAUGAAUGGCAGUGAAGGGCCGAAUGGCCUCCUCCUGCACCUAUUUUCUAUGUUUCUAUGUUUCUACACGUUCCAACCAUUGAAUCCAGCAAGAAACAAAUGUUCACUAUUGUUAGUGCGGUUCUACUCAAAUGGGGAGGCCUUGCUUCUCUGUAACGCAAGUUGAGAGUUAUACCCACAGCAAUACUGGUAAGCCUCGAACUACAGCUGUACAAACAGCAAAUGACAAAAGAUGCAGCACAGCAUUAAGCAGCCAUCAGAAAGGCUCUAACAAGUUUCAAUAACUUCUUUUGUCCUACGGACUUAAAGCAGCGCAGAAACAAUCAGAAGCUCAAAGAUGCAUCAAGAAGAACCAAGUCCCAAGAAUACAAAGGAAUCAACAAAAAAGGAACAAGCCUGCAUGUUCUGCUUCAGUUAGAGUAUCACUUAGUCAGUUGGCCAUUGCUUGCAUAUUUCUGUUGCGUAAUGGAGACGCCCCUGGAUUUAAAAGAAUCUGGGCACUUUACUGAGCUUUGUGAAGAAAUAUGAUGGGUUCAAAUAUGUACCUGUGUAUGCCCACCAUGGCAAACUAUAUUAGUGGCAACAUGUGAAAUGGAAUGGACACGGACAUGAGUCAGCACAGACUCGGUGGGCCGAAGGGCCUGUUUCUACACUGUAUCUCUAAAGUAAAGUAAAUCUGCAGUUCCUUGUGUCUGUAUCAUAGCAUGGGAUGAGCAGAACCGACAGGUGAAAGACAACCUUUGGCAUCCAAAACUUACGUCAACAGGAGCAGAAUGGAGGGUGUGAGGUUUUGAGUUUGGGUAAUAGGAAGAGGAUAAUGGGGGGUAUAAAAUACAUUUUUAAUAAAAACACGGUUGGUAUAUCCUUUUUUGCGGAGUUUUGUGUUACAAUAGAGCGAUUGAUUUUCCUUUCUUCUUUUUUUUCUUUUCUUUCUAGGGUCUUAUUUCUUUUCUUUGCUUCCUUCUCUAAUUCCUUCCCUAAGGGGUUCUUUACUCCCAAAACUUUCCUGCACUUUCACGAUUCUUGCUUACUUUCCUUACUUCUUUUAUUUCUAUCUUUUUUAAAGCUCAAAAAAUGAAGUGGUACAACAUAAUGUAAUAAGAUAUAUGCGAUGUAUUAAUGUGAUUUAUUGUACUGCUAAUAAAAAUAAAAUUUAAAAAAAUAAGUUAAAAAAAAUAGGAAGAGGAUCUGAGAAUCAUAAUUUCUAAUCCCCAUUAUAACAUGCCAAUGCAAGAAACAGUUCCUCACAAUGCCUAGAACAUCUGACCACCAUCUGAAUCCCUGCUACAUGGAUCAAUGGGUCUAAAUGAUAGUACGCGCAGUGUAGUGCUCCCGUGCAUGGCAUGACAUGUCCGCAUAGACUGCACGCUCCAGCAAGUGUUAAAUGAAAGGCUUUCUGGCUAACAGGUCAAAGUGCCAGCCACACGCUGUAUGGCUGCAGACUGACGCAGGUAGGCUUCAAGAAUGAGCUCACGGACUGUGCACAACCUGGCCAAUUGAAGAUUUGACCCCAUGCUCUUUCAGGAACAGAUGUGAGGCUGUUCCAAGCAGUAGACGGUGACUUUGCGUGAAGCAGGUGUUAGCAGGUGUGCGGUCUCCGGGGAUCAAUGUAACGCAGGCUGUCAACUCACUCUGGCCCAUUUUACAUCUACCCACAAUUGCCAUUCAACUCCCACAGACACAUUCAGAGAAUCACCUUUCAGGCUGCUCCCAAUGCAUAUUUCCUACCUCAAAGUAGCACAGGAACAACCAGCUUCACUGCUAUGUGUGUUGUUCUUCUCUCUUUUCCCAGUAAUUCAUUGCUUCAAGUUACAACUCCAGCUAGAAUUUGGCUUAUUUUCCCACCUGUUUCAUAUUAACCAGAGCAUGAAGUCCAUCAACUAGCGGAGGGGGAUGAAUAUCAAGCCGAGAAAUCAGGUUGGCGUCAGCUCCUCACGUAAGAAGGACAGCAGAAUUCCCCGGAAAGGUGGUGUUGCAGCUGCAUCCAUCCAAGAAGGAAGAAUACAGGGCAAAGCCUGCAUCAAAAUGGCCAACAUGGCAAUUCAGAUCAUUGGCUUCUCUUUCGGUCUCCUCAGUCUCUUCGGAACAUUGAUUGCCACCGUUUUACCGCACUGGCGUAGGACGGCGCACGUGGGCGCGGAUAUUAUCACCGCCAUGGAGUUCAUGAAAGGACUUUGGAUGGAAUGCGUCUGGCAAAGUACGGGCAUCUACCAGUGCCAGGUCCACCGAUCGCAGCUGGCACUGCCCACGGACCUCCAGGCCGCUCGUGCCCUGAUGGUGAUCUCCUGCUUGCUUUCCACGCUGGCCACUUGCAUUUCCGUGGUGGGUAUGAAGUGCACAGUGUGCUGCAGGGAAACCUCAUCCAAGGAUCACAUCGCCAUCUCAGGAGGAGCCUGUUACGUUCUGGCCGGCAUCUUGUGUCUCAUUCCAGUGUCCUGGUCAACUAGUGACCUUAUCCGUGAUUUCUACAACCCAGUCUUGCCAACCGGCACCAAAUACGAAAUAGGGGAGGCUCUGUACAUUGGCUUUGUAUCGACAGGCAUGGCUCUCGUUGGUGGGACUCUCCUGUGUCUUCCAUGCCCUCAGCAAGGCAAUGGCAGACCCGACCAACCCCAAGCCUCAUUCACGCAGACUACACCUCAGCAUGGUCCGCCUUCCAUUUGUAAAGGCAACUAUUCCACAUCACAGACGUCUGCCUCACUUAGCGAUUAUCGUUUAAAUGACUAUGUCUGAGUAAAGAGAGACUUCAGUACAAACCACGCAUCGAGGUCGCAUGCAAUUGCAAUGAAGUCGAAUGGAAGUGCGAAAAGCAUCUGCACUUCAGAGCUGCAAGACGUAAUGUACCGUAUAUAUUAACUUUGUUCUGCACCCUGCAGAUCAAUGGGAGUUCCAGUUAACUUGUAGGAGAAAUUCACUGACUUUUGCUAAUGGAGGGAGCAGCAUGCAAACUUUCAUUAAUCCAACUUUUUUGAAAACACAUUUCACUGUCCCCAUGACCACAUGGUAGAACUGUAGAUUGCAACUAACGAGUUCAAUGUUGGCCGUUUGAUAUGUGAUCUGACUAGGUCUUUGAAAAUAAUUGUUCACUAUGGACCAUUGCUGAUAAUUACUGAAGUCUUAUGUGUGCCAGAUUUUUGGAAAUGUGCCACUUUACAGAGAUCCUAGAUGCAGUAUUCGAGUCUGUGUAUAUUUUGUUAUCUGAACGGAGAAUUCUGUAAAAUAAUCAAUGCAAAGUUUGCCAUUGGAAGGUUUUGUUUUACAACAUAUGCACCUACAAUGCUUGAUAAAAAAAUUAGAUGAGAAGAUUUGCUUUAUUUCUAUUUUUAAUGGAUCUCUGUUACUAGGAAUUCAUUUUGCUGCUUAUGUGUCUCAAUUUUUGCAUCUGAGCAGAUCACUUCAAAUCUGAAACCGGCUUUGUUUUCUUGUCAAGAGAUUCUCUGAUAUACAGUUGCAGCAUGGGACCCAAGCACAAAUAAAAAAAAUUCUUCCAUUGAACGUGUCCAAAGACAGGCAGCUCGAUUUGUUACUAACACCUAUGAAAGAGAAGCGAGUGUUACCAAACUUCUGAAUUCUCUGGGGUGGAACCCUCUCCAAGACAGACGUGAAGUUCACCGUUUGACCUGUUUUUACAAAAUGUUAAAUGGCGAGCUCGACAUAGAUCACAAAACCUACACCAAACCCAAACCAAUUAGGAGCAGACGAGGGCAUUCGAUCCAAUUUGAGAUACCAGCUACCAAGACAGAUGUGUACAGCAAUUCAUUCUUCCCCCCAACAAUUAAAGCAUGGAAUAGUGUUCACCCUACCAUAGUUACCCAACCAGAUGCAACUCAAUUUAAGGUAGCUCUUUCUUCCCAAAAACCCUUUCUGGCUUAAGUCCUCCCUCCACCACCUCCAGUUUAAAUUCCAUUUGGAAUAUUUUGGAGGACCAAGAAACCAAGAAACCCAAUUUACUUUUCAUCAUUUUGUGACAAAACCAAUGAGCAUCCAUGGAGAAAGUUAGCUUCAGUGUUUAGGUUGUCAGGAGGGUCAGAUGAAUGAGAGAAAGGGAAAAGAAAAUGCUGACUCUGGCGAGGGUCUAGAGAAGAUUUACAAGGAUGAUCCCAGGAAUGAGUAGGUUAACCACUGGGCCUGCACUCGCUGGAGUUUAGAAGAAUGAGGGGGGACCUCAUUGAAACGUACGGAAUAGUGAAAGGCUUAGAUUGAGUGGGUGUGGAGAGGAUGUUUCCACUGGUGGGAGAGUCUAGGACUAGGGGGUCAUAGGCUCAGAAUUAACGGGAGUUCUUUUAGGAAGGAGAUGAGGAGAAAUUUCUCUAGUCAGAGGGUGGUGAAUCUGUGAAAUUCUUUGCCACAGAAGGCUGUGGGGGCCAAGAGUUGAUAUCUUUAACGCAGAGACAGAUAGGUUUUUGAUUAGUGUGGGUGUCAGAGGUUAUGGGGAGAAGGCAGGAGAAUGGGGUUAGGAGGGAGAGAUAGGACAGCCAUGAUUGAAUGGCAGAGUAGACUUGAUGGGCUGAAUUACCUAAUUCUGCUCCUGGAACUUAUGAACUUAUUUUAUUUUAUUUUAUUUUAUUAUUUAUUUCAAACAGAAUAAAAGAAUAAAAAGCCAGUGUGAAACAGCAUACAAAAAACAAAACAAAAAUAUUUAUAAAGUGUCAUAAACAAUAUCUAUAAAUAAAUGAAAUCAUAUGUGUCCGAAAAGGAGCAGGAAGAAGCCAAAGCUUAUUUAUUCCCACCCCUUAUUCAACUGCUUGUAAUUAUCUUAUACAAAUUUAGCAGCUAUAUGUACACCAUAUGUACACCAGCCACUAUAUGUACACCAAAUUAUUUACAUAUGAACACUAAUCAAAUAUUUACAAAGCCAUACAAAAAAGAAAAAAAGAAAAAGAAAAGAAGAAACCCGCAUAUAAAAUGCUGGAAACACUCAGCAGGUCAGGCAGCAUCUGUGGAAAGAGAAACACAGUCAAUGUUCCAGGUUGAAAAUCAUUUGCCGUUCCUUGUUAUUGCUCACAGUAAUCUGGUUGUUUCAUGGAUACCAGUAGUUUUUAUUCCAGAUUAGUCAUAGAGUCAUAGUCAUAGAGUGAUACAGUG